CUCCACGUCCCCUUCUGAUGACGCACCCUACGAGAUCACGUUAGGGAAGCAGAGAAAGCGAGGGGAUAUCGCGAGACUUCCUGUGGAAGAAACCUCCCCGUGAUGCUUUGCGCCUUCCUCUUUGCAGUGGGCGCCCUCGGAGAAGGAUGGGUAUCUCCAGGGACAACUGGCACAAGCGCCGAAAGACUGGCGGGAAGCGGAAACCCUACCAUAAGAAGAGGAAGUAUGAGUUGGGAAGGCCCCCCGCCAACACCAAAAUUGGCCCCCGGAGAAUCCACACAGUAAGGGUACGUGGUGGGAAUAAAAAAUACCGUGCUCUGCGUCUGGAUGUUGGGAACUUCUCUUGGGGAUCUGAAUGCUGCACUCGUAAAACCAGAAUCAUUGAUGUGGUGUACAAUGCCUCCAACAACGAGCUGGUGCGCACAAAGACCCUGGUCAAAAACUGCAUUGUACUCAUUGACAGUACACCAUACCGACAGUGGUAUGAAGCCCACUAUGCCUUACCCCUUGGGCGCAAAAAGGGUGCCAAGCUGACUCCUGAAGAGGAAGAAAUCUUAAACAAAAAACGUUCAAAGAAAAUUCAGAAGAAGUAUGAUGAACGAAAAAAGAAUGCUAAGAUCAGUAGCCUUCUGGAAGAGCAGUUCCAGCAAGGAAAGCUACUUGCUUGCAUUGCCUCCAGACCUGGACAGUGCGGCCGAGCAGAUGGCUAUAUUCUGGAAGGCAAGGAGCUAGAAUUCUACCUGAGGAAGAUCAAGGCCAGGAAAGGCAAAUGAACAGUCACUGUACUUAAUGGGUUAAAUAAAUAUCCCAGAGUCUUGUUAUAAA